ACUCACUAGUCACAUUAAAACACACACACGUGCAUUAUUUUAUACAAUUUUAUUAAAAUAUUAGUAUCUUUCUUAGAGAAUGUGGGAAAAUUUUAUGAAUUGCUUUACCAAAGGCAGCAAGCCCAAGGUCUGCAAUAAGGUCAGCCUAACUGACCUAUUUAAUCGAGUGCCUCCCAAUCAGCACAAACAGCUUAGGGUGUUUGCCAAUAAAAAUGAAGAAUACAAAAUCCGUCUACGGAAAUAUCCGCCGGAUCUGCCUCGCAUCGAUUGGCAGUUUUAUAAGGAGAACGUGCGAACAGAUAUGGUGGGUUGGGUUGAGGAAUUUGAGCAUAAAUACGACAAACUGGACAGCAUGUUCGCCAAUCGGCAUAAUCUGAUUGAUCACUCUAAAUAUUUCGGCGAAGUAACUGAGCAGUCGAAUGAGGUUGUCAAGGAUAUCAAAAAGUUCAAGGAAGAAUCCAAUGAGCGGAUCAAGAAACUGCAGUCCAAAAUGGACCAAUUGAAAAGCCUGCGACCGUACACUGAAAUGACAAUGGAGGAGUUUUGCCUAGCACAUCCCGAUGAGGCGCCAGAUUUCAUAAACAAGCCCACCUUUUGGCCACACACACCCGAGGAACAGAAGCCGGGACCAUCACAGGAAGUGGUGCAUAAAGAGGAGGUGGUGGCUCUAAAGCCAAAGUCAAAAAAUGGCCAACCAGAAUCUAAAAAGCCGCCACCAAAAGCACCACCUCCUGGCGAUGCACCAACUGAUGGUCCUACAGCAAAGGAAGGCCCAAAGGACGUCAAGACAAAGGAUUUGAAUGAAAAGAAAACUAUUUCCCCAAAGGAGGAUGCAAAAGCAAAUCUAAAAUCAGACACUGAAAGCCAGGCGGUAGAGGCAGCUGCUCAAUUGGCAGUAAAAGGUGUCCAGUUAGCAAAAGAUUUGACUGCUAAAGUUAUCACCCUAUUGAAGGUCAUUUGGGAGAAACUCGGCGAAAAGAGAAAGCAAGUCGCAGAGUCGGCAAAUGCCGUAAGAUUACAGAACGCAUCUGGACAAAAGGAGAAACAUGAAGAUCUCCGCAAGACGGACGACGAGGAGGAGGAUAGCUUUCUUCGGCGGGAGAGCCUGUCAAACAUAUGCAACAAGACGAUAAUUCGAGGCGAGAAUACCGCAGAGGCGGAUGUAAAGCCUCAUCACGUCGACUUGGAUAUUGAACACAAACUAGAUUGCGAGGAGCCUGAUGAAAGAGAGUGUAAACCAGAAUGCGAAGAAGAGGAGAAAGACGAUUGUAGCCGCAAGACAAAAUGCCCAGAAGCAGAGGUAGAACAAGUCUGUCCGGAAGCAGAAGAAGAGUCCGAUUCACGAUGUGCGGACAUAAGCGAAGAGAUCGUUCCAGACUGUGAGGAUACAUGCGAGGAGCCGCAACGAGAUGAAGAUCCACGCAGACGUCGUUUCACUGCUGAUAAGCCAACAAAAGAUGCGCCCGAAUGCGAAUCGAAAGGAACGAUUGGCAACCUCGUUGAACUAAAAGGUCAGCCAUUAUACGCAAAUCGAACUGAAAUAGCAAUGCUUGACAAAUUCUCGCCUAAGAUGGGAAAUACAAAUGAUACAAUUAACUCUUCAAAUGAUGAUUUCAAUCAAGGUGUUCCGGAUGCGCCCAACACAAAGUUUAUCAAGUCAAACGUUUUAAAUACAAGCAAAAAAGAUGGCACCGAUUUACAAGAUGUGAAUUUAGACAAGUUGAAUACCGAACAGUUGGCUAAAGUCGUUUUCGAAAUGGCAACCGGUGCUGCCACCUUGCUUACAGAGGCCAAAAUGAUCAUUGAUAAGGCGCAACAUGAAGAGCCCAUCGAGGGCAUCGAAUCCGUUUACACAGCCGCCGAGCACAAAGUAAGCCAGGCAUUGCACCAGGCCCAAAUGGCCCUGGGGUCGGCCCGAAAGUUGGCCAAGCAGAACCUACAAUCGGAGGAUCUGAGCGCUCAGAUUGAAAAGCAUACCAUGUUGGUCAAGUUGCUCGCCCAACGAGCCAUUACCAUGAAGAAGGAGAUCGCCAAACUACUGAGUCGACUCAAGAGAGGUGACUGAAUAUUUGAGUGGAGUUUCACGUUCAAGUUGCUGUUAGAAGCGUUUUCAUUAUUUCAUUUUCUGUUGAAUGUUGAAGGGAAGAGUUUUUCUUGUUUAGAGUGGUGUGAAGGGGUAACCGAGGUGCUGCUGUGUGCUAUGUGCCACAUAUGCAAAUUUUGUUAUAAAGCUCAAGCACUGUGCAAUAAAUUUUGGUGCAAAAACCUAAACGAAA